AUGACUACAACAAUGAAGAAUCCCAAUUCGUCAUCUUCUAAACUCCCCCUCUUUAGCCAUAUUAAGUAUGAGCACCUGGUAGCUGGUAUAUCGGGUGGCGUCACUUCUACUCUUAUUCUUCACCCUUUGGACCUUAUCAAAAUCAGAUUUGCAGUAAAUGAUGGCAGGACUGCAACAGUACCAAGAUAUGAUGGACUUGGCAGUGCAUUUGUUACAAUAGUUAAGAAUGAAGGUGUACGGGGAUUAUAUAGGGGUGUUACUCCUAAUGUUUGGGGUUCGGGUUCAGCUUGGGGUUUCUACUUCUUAUUUUACAAUGCAAUAAAAACAUGGAUACAAGGUGGGAAUGCAAGGACACCACUUGGGCCAGGAUUACAUAUGCUUGCUGCUGCUGAAGCUGGUAUACUCUCUCUUAUCAUGACAAAUCCCAUCUGGGUGGUGAAGACGAGACUUUGCCUGCAAUAUAGUGAUGAACAUGUAACAGAAAACAAGCGAUACAAGGGCAUGGUUGAUGGCCUUACUAAAAUAUAUAGAACUGAGGGUAUCAGAGGCCUUUACAGGGGUUUUGUUCCGGGCAUGUUUGGUGUGUCUCACGGCGCCUUGCAAUUCAUGACCUACGAAGAAAUGAAAAAUAGAUACAACCAGUACAGGAAUCUGCCUAUUGAUAUAAAAUUGACAUCUAUCGAGUACCUAACGUUCGCUGCUAUCUCGAAGCUGAUCGCGGCGGGCGCCACGUACCCGUACCAGGUGGUGCGCGCGCGCCUGCAGGACCAACACCGCAACUACACCGGCGCCUGGCACUGCGUCACCGAGACCUGGAGGCACGAGGGCUGGCGAGGUUUCUACAAGGGUCUGAAACCAAACUUGGUGCGAGUUGUUCCCGCUACCAUGAUCACAUUCCUGACUUAUGAGAAUGUUUCUCACUACAUGUUGCGAAGGGGACAGCAGUAUAAAUUGUCAACUUGA